AUGGAUUCUAAGCCAGGACGCAAGCCAGCUGUUCCUAGAGAUCAAUUAUUACAAACAAUUGAACGGCACGCUAAUGAUUUGAUCGUCGAUAAAUGUAAAAUCGUUCACAAACGCCAUGAAAUAUGGAAAGAAAUAUCCUCUGAAUUAGAAAAUAAAAUUUUACCGGACACGUUAUAUUCGAUUGUAACUAAUGAUAAAUACGAUGUACGGACAAAAAUUACUCGCAAUUUCAAUCAAAGUCUAAAUUCGACGUCUACUAGUGUAGAAUGUGAAAAUACAACGGCAGAAACAUCGAACGAAUUAGAAACUUUGAAAGAUCAGGAUCUCGGUGCCGAUGGCCAGUACCAUUUUACAUUUAGCAUGACUUCUGAAGAGCUCAAUGAUUUAAUCACAACUGUGAACUAUCCGAAACGCAAGGGAAAUUGUGAUUGUGGAAGCAUUUUGCAUUGUAAAUUUCAAGUUUCAAACAAUGAAGCAAUUUUUACGUGCGAUGCAACUCAGGGCAAUGGAAAAUGCAGUAAAAUUUAUUUACGUGGUUCACAUAGAAAGCACGCCGCUGAAAAAAUGAAAAGUUUAACAACGGAUGAAUACGAGGCUCAGUUUGCGAGGGACAAGUACGAAAAAGAAAUUUGGAACUAUUUGAAGUUGAUCAUGACUGUAGCGUUAAGUGAACGAGCCGGCAACAAUGAAUCCUUCGAUGACGCUGAAAACAACGAAAAAUAUGAAUAUGCUGAUACCGUCGAUGAAAAUGAUGAAAGCGACGAUUGCACAGAGUGGUCAGAAGAAGGGAAAAAAUUACAUGAUGAUGUGCUUAGUACGCUAAAUGACAAUGGUCUUGAAGAAAAUGCUCUUCAUAAUAUAUCUUUAGUAAAAAAGUUGUUAAGAGAUAUAAAGAGAAUUCCUCUAUGGUCCAGCAUAAGUUACAAUAAGUUUAAAACAUCCGGACGAAUACCAGCUUCCAGCGCUUCUGUUGAAGGAGAAAUUGCACGCCUUAAACGAGGUAUUUUUAAGAAGAAAAAAGGUCUCCGAGUCGAUGCUGCUGUAGAAGAACACAUAAAAUAUAUCAAUGGAAGAAUAUGUGUGAUAGAUGCUAAUAUCAACGACUUAUUGUCCGAAAAAAAUAAGGCUUGUGAUGAUGAUAAUAAUGUUUGUAUUGCUUGCAAAAAUAGUCACUUUCCAUCAGGGAACCAUAGAUGUAUUAAAUGCCGUAAACCAGUGCAUACUUUGCCCGGAUGUUCUCUCCCUGUUGAUGGUGAGGAGGAAGGUUUCAGUGAGAAACGAACGUGCCGGAAGUGUGCUCAAACACCAAACCGUUCUCCAACUAACACUAUGAAAGCUAAGGAAACCCAAGUCAACAACGAAAAAAAUGAAAAAUCUGUAAUUGAUGAACUUGAUAACGAUAACAGUGGCCAUAUUGAUAAUAAUAACAUUAAUGAUAGUGAUGAUGAAGAUAUUCCUGGCAAUGGCAAUAUGAAUGACAACGACGACGUUGAUAAUUACAAUAGUGAAGAUGAUAAUAAUGGUAAUGUCACUGUAAAUUGCAAUAUUAAUAGUAACACUGAUAAUUUUGUCAGUGACAGUAUUGAUAGUGAUACUGAAGUAUGUCAAAAAUGCGUUCGUUGCAAUAAAAAUUUGACUAGUCAAGAAUCACACUCUAUCGAUGAUAGCAGUGAAAACGAUGCUGGAUAUAAAGUGUGUUCAACAUGUAGUUUGAUAAGCGAACAAUCAACAAAAGAAAUGUUGGGAAAAAGAAAAUUUGAAAAUUGGAGAGGACAGGGUGAACCUGUGCCUGAGAAAAAAUCACGCUCUUUGUAUAUCGGAGCAAAGUCUAAAAAUAUAGUAGAAAUGCUUCAACAUAAACGAGCUCAUGGUUUGCCUAUUUUAAAAUGUGGCAAUGCUGAAGAUCUCCAAGCUGUAAAGAUGGGCAAGCGGGUUAUAAGCCUCUACAACACUUGCCCAUUUGAUAGUUUGUUUCAGUUGUUAUUGGUUGCAGCGUGCGAUUUCCCUACAAUCAAAGAUAAG